AUGGCUCAGUCCGACUCAUCUCUACGAGGUUCUCCGUCUUCCUCUUCCACCGAUGGGGUCGUCAACUCUAUCUCGGACCAGCUCGAAGUCGGUCCCGGCGUCGCUGCCGUCAUCGCCAUUAUCUGUGGCCUCAUCAUGAAUACAUGUGGCUAUAAAUUGCUACGUCCCACUAUGUUUGCGUGCGGGUUUCUCGUCGGUGGAUACAUUGUAUCAAGCCUUGCCGAGUACAUUGUGCACGGUCGCACAGCCUUUUGGAUUGCCUAUCUCAUUGGUGGUACUAUCGUCGGGUCCCUUGUCGUCUCUAUUUACAGUGCAGGCAUCUUCAUCAUUGGCGCAGCUGGUGGUGUCUUCUUGGCGACCAUUAUUAACACUUCAUUUGGCUAUAGGAUCUACCCAAGCGACCCGUCCACGGGUCUCCUCAUUAUGGCCAUUGUGCUGGGUCUGAUUUGUGGGAUUGUGGCCUUUAGGGUCGAGAGACUUGCCAUUAUCGUGGCUACAGCUUUGGUUGGUGCUGUGAUGCUGGUCAACGGUGUUGGCUACUAUAGUGGCAAGUUUCCCAAGCUCACAGGUACCAAGGAUUACCGCCACUUGGACGAGGAUGGAUACUACGUGUACGACGUCCCGAAGGAGUGGUGGGGAUAUCUUGCGGCGAUACUGGUCGUGUCUAUCUUCGGCUUUUUUGUCCAGAUCAAGAAGACUGGAACUAAAUAG